AAGUUGAACAAUUUAAAACCAACUAACAAAGCACUACAAUCAAUUAACGAUUUAAACAAUCGAGUGUUUGAUAACAAACUAAACUUCAUGUUAAACCAUUUGGUCUUAUAACUUUCUUAGACGAGGUGCUCUGAAUUUUAUACCAGGUUCGUAUUCUACUUAAUUUGGGUCUAGAUUUAUUAGUCAAAAAAUAAUCGUAUAGUAGUAACGUUGUUCACUAUAAAAAGGGUAGCUAUUAGCUAAUACAUAUAUAAGAUUAAAAAACAUAAUGCAUCACAUCUCAGUGGUAAAACUUAAGGAUAAAUAACUAAUAAGUAUUAUUACUGAGCUCAUAUUUUACAUCCAGUAAAAUCUCAGCACGCGAGCUAAUACAAUGUAGAGCUUAAGUUGUCGUGAUAAUCAGACUUUGACGCCAUUUGUGAAACCUUCGUGACUGAUAAAUUUAUUUCGAAUUUAUAUAAAAUGAUUGCAUUUUAUAAAUACAUUCGUAAACUUUAGAACAAUGUUUUAAUAUUUAAAUCAUAAUUAAAUACUAACCUAUGUUUGUAUAGUAAUUUAUGUCGUAUCAAAUAUUGAUUAUCGACAUUAUCUUUUUAUACAACUUGCAUCAAAAUAAAUUACUGAAAUGGUAUUUAUAUUACACGUUACUGAGUUAGGCUGGUAGUGUUAAGCGCAUGCUCAAUACAGCCUCCGACCCUGAGACCUGCGGAGCGCAUAGUUCUCACUGACAUGCGUUCGUUCGGAGCCUCUCAAUGUAAUCCGCGAAGUGUUGUUUUAAUUUCUGUUUGUUACAUCAAGAAAAUUGAAAGGUUUUAAAUAAGUAAAAUAAUUAAGUUAUAUGAAAAAUAUCUUCAAUGGAUUACAAUGAACUACGUCACUUGAAUUAUUUUGAGAGUUAUGGAAUGUGCUAUGCACUGAGAAUUGAUAGUCUUCAUAAAUAGUUGGAAAGAACAUACAUAUCACAGAAUGCGUUACUUAUUUACGUUCGCAGUAAUAUUUGGCAGCGGUUUCCUAUUCCUGUUUAUGAACAACGGUUUAAAUCUUAUAGUAAAUAACGGCAGCGAUUCAAUGUGGAAACUACAGAGAUAUAAUCACGACGAUAUAGACGGCACCUUCACAAUCAAAACAGAAGGCUGCACUAUCCCCGGUUUGAAGCCUUUUGCUGAAGACAUCAAGAAGUUCAUCGAGCAUCCAAUAAUUAAACCUUGUCGCAACUCCAACAUAACACUUCUUGACAAUAAUAACACACAUAUCUGGGUAAAAACUGAGCAUGUGCAAUUUUAUGAAAUACCUAAAAAUCAUAACGUGGUCUGUUGCUACAGAUCCUUCUACCGUCCACUGGCUAUUGCUGAUAUAUCUUCAUCCGAUAUCGAUGAUAGAGUUAAUUACGAAGCCUGUAUAGAGUUUUCAGACUACAUAGAGGUCAUGAACGAAUUCGUCAGAGUGUCUUGUGGCUACAAAGAUGUUUUAAUAUACGAGCAAUUUUUUAUCUUUACACCUAAAAAACAACUUUUAUCUUUGAAAGGUGACUAUAUUGAUGUGAUUCGAAAUCAGACAGCCUACAACGUUAUUAUAAUGGGCAUUGAUGCGCUUUCGAGAUUGAAUUUUCAUAGAACAAUGCCGAGAACUUUGGCAUAUUUGAAAAAGAAGGGUGCUAUAGAAUUUUAUGGUUAUAACAAAGUCGGUGACAAUACUUUUCCUAACCUGUCGCCUAUUCUUCUCGGAAUGAAAGACACAGAUUUAAAGAAGGCUUGCUGGCCGCACGUAAGAGCUACAUUCGAUAAUUGUCCUUUUAUUUGGGAUUUAUUUAAAAGCGACGGUUACUACACAGCCUUCGGUGAGGACACUUCCAGUUUAGGAACAUUUAACUUUGAAAAAGUCGGUUUUAGUCGAACUCCAACCGAUUACUACUUACAUACGUUCAUGCAUGAAGCUGAGCUGUAUACUGGUAACAACAGAGACUUCAACUCCUAUAUAUGUAUGGGAAAUAAAUACUUUUACAAGGUUUUAUUAGAUUACAUAGAAAAUUUGACAAUGUCUUUACGUACUUCCAAACUCUUUGGAUUCUUUUGGGAAGUCACAUUGAGUCAUGAUUAUUUAAACUAUCCUAUGGCGAUGGACGAGAACUAUGAAGUAUUUUUGAAGAAUUUAGACGACGCCCGCUACUUGGACGACACUAUUUUAAUAAUCCUAAGUGAUCAUGGAAUACGUUGGGGUGAUAUACGAUAUACGAAACAGGGGAGGCUGGAGGAGCGACUUCCACUUUUGCAUAUUUUACCAGAGUCGUUUAGAGCGAACUAUUCUUUAGCUUACGAUAACAUCAAACUGAACAGCAAUCGUCUUACGACGCCGUUCGAUCUGUAUGCAACUUUAAUAGAUCUUUUACAUAUGGAUGGGAUAAGUAACGACAACUUGAAGUUAAGAAGCGAAACGCCGUACGGUAACGAAAGAGCUAUCAGUUUAUUUAUGCCUAUUCUUAGCAACCGUACUUGCACUACAGCGGGUGUAGACGACCACUGGUGCACGUGUCGCAGAGGACGGAAGAUACCAAUCUUCAGCGCGGAAGCCUACGACGCUGCUGAUAAUUUAUUGACUUUGAUAAACCAACUACUAAAGGGAUAUUAUCAAUGCGCCCAUCUGAUGCUUGAAGAACUGAUAGAGGUGACAGAAAUCAUAUCAGGCACUCCGUAUGAGAAAGAAGUCGGUUGGCGAGAAUUCUUAGUCGUCAUACGGACAUCGCCUGGCGGGGCCGUGUUUGAGGCAACUCUUCGUCAGGAUGGCCAGACCUGGUCUCUCGCCGGUACCGUCAGCCGACUUAACCUGUACGGACAGCAGGGCCACUGUAUACAUCAUUAUCAGCUUAAAUUAUAUUGUUUCUGUCGUUAGAUAUUAAGUCAUUUAGAUUCAAGUCUGUGAUAUUUAAUACGUAUACAUUAUACGUCAUAUGUAGAGAGCCAUUCUUCUAAAUAAUAAAAAAUUAUAUUAAAUUACUUUUACUUUUGUAGAUAUUGAUUUUAAUGUUUACACUUUGUAAUUAUUCUACAAACUUCUACAAAGUAAAUAUAUUUUCUAUUUAUUUGAUAUUAAUAUUUUAAGUGGAUGUAUUUGUAGAAUCGCGGAGCUUAGACUAAACGCUUUUAACAUUAGCUAAUAAUCUUAGAUAUUCCAGGUACCUAUUUGGAUAUCAUUAUAUAAAAUUAUAUUAGAUGUUGUUGCAUACUAGUCACUGGUGAUUAUUUUUAUUGUAAUAUACGUUUAAUUGAUAUUAAAGGACAUAGAUUUUUAAGUGUACGACGGUUAUAUCAAAGAAUACAUAUCGGCGUAAUAAUGUUUCUUCCAAAUCAUCACAUAUUGUUUAUAUCUAUAGAGGGUACAUUAAACUUAUAAGAUGCUUGUACCUAGACAACUGUAUUAGACGCAUUAAUAAUAUGAAUUUAUUAAAUGUUUAUGUUAAAUAUUUAUUACAUAGAUAAAUAAAUAGAAGAAUAAUAAAAGUGUUUAUUUUAAAUAUAUAUGUUUUAUUACAUAAAAAGUAUUUACUCAAAAUAUUCUGCUACACUUAAUAUAUAUAGUUUAGGGAUUUUUAUAUUUUCAAUUAAAUGGUCAAAGUAAUGAAAGUUAAAGGUAGAAUGAAAAAAAAUUAUAUUUAUUGCGUACUAAUGUAGGAUACUUAUAUUAUUAAUCUAUUACUCGUAAAUUAACGUUAACACUAUCACUUUCUUUACCAAACUUAAUGAAGGUAACAGUUUUUCACAAUU